AUGUCUGGGACUCAAGCCCAUACAACUUCUACGGACCUGGCCCGCGAUGUCGAAGACAAGGGCGAGUGUCACCACCUGGAGAAACACCAGACCACUGGCAUGUUCUCGACGGUGGAUGACACUGGAGCGCACAAGAAAACUGAUCCGGCUGAGAUUAAGCUCGUCCGCAAGCUUGAUUGGAUUAUCCUUCCCAUUCUCUGGAUCAUGUACUGGUUCAACUACCUUGACCGCAACGCAAUCACCGUUGCUCGACUUGACAAUCUGGAGAAGGAGCUCAAGCUCACCUCGACCGAGUACCAGACCUGCGUUUCUAUCUUGUUUGUUGGAUAUAUUCUCGGGCAGAUCCCCUCCAACAUGUUGAUGACCCGAAUUCGCCCUUCGCUGUUCAUGGCCGGUGCCAUGGCUCUCUGGGCAGUUGUCAGCACCCUCACCGCCGUCGCCAAAGACUUCAAGGGCCUUUUACUCACCCGAUUCUUCCUCGGUAUCACCGAAGCCCCUUUCUAUCCAGGCGCGCUCUACAUGCUUUCCAUCUUCUACACUCGCAAAGAAAUCGCUACCCGAAUCUCUAUACUCUUCACCGCAAACAUCUGCGGCACCGCCUUUGCCGGCCUAAUCGCCAUUGGAGUGUUCCAGAUGGGUGGCGUCGCGGGCCUAUCAGGCUGGAGAUGGCUUUUCAUUCUCCAGGGCAUUAUUACGUUUGUCCUCGCCAUCGUAUCGGCUUGGAUCUUACCAGAUGAGCCCCUGAAUACUCGCUGGCUGUCGGAGGAGGAGCGUCAGCUGGCCCAUGAUCGGAUUGCAGUCGAUACCGUCGAGAAGAAGACGAACACCACGACCUGGGCUGGUCUUGUUGAUGCGUGCAAGGACCCCCGGCUUUGGGUCCUUGUCUUUAUGCAGCAUUUCCACAUGGCCGCCAGCAAUUUCAAGAACUUCUUCCCUACUAUUGUUGGAACGCUUGGGUUUGGACGUAAUGCUACGCUGGCGUUGACCUGUCCCCCGUACAUUGUGUCUGGCAUCGUGUGCAUUGCUUGGGCAGCAAGUUCAGGACGGAUGAAUGAGAGGACCUGGCACAUCACAGUCGCCAAAGUCCUCGCCAUCUUUGGCUUCGUCUUGGCCUGUACGACAAUGAACGUUGGAGCACGAUACUUUGCCAUGUGUGCCUUUACCAGUGGCGUUUACGCUUGCAACAGCGUUAUCCUGGGCUGGGUUUCUAGCACCUGCGGGCAGACAAAGGAGAAGAAGGCCAUUUCGUUGGCCAUUGCCAAUACCGUCGCCACAAUUGGGCCCAUCUACACCCCGUAUCUCUGGCCAAGCUCAGAUGAACCACGAUAUGUGAUUGCCAUGUCUACUAGCGCUGCGUUUUCUGCCGCGUCGGCCAUCCUGGCUUGGGUCAUGAGGUGGAUGCUGAUUCGUGAGAAUCACAAGAUUAGGCUGACGGACAAUGAGGCUAGGCUCUUUUAUGCUUACUAG